AGUGGUGGAUACUUGCCCACACCAAUGAAGUUGUUGGGGACAUGGUCUUUGCCUGAAACAGCACUACUGGGACUGUCUCUUACUUCCACGUGCCCUCCCUGCGCCAUGGACAUUUUGUGACUGAGGGACUACUUUUCUGAUGAAAGUGGCAAGAUUAUGUGAGGGAGCUUACAACGUGGUUUCAAAGUGACAGAAGUCCCUAUUUCAUCGUCCUUCAUCGUCCCUCCUCCUCUCACCAUGAGCUCCUGGGUGGUGAACAGGAAAGGAGAGCCCCAAUACCGCCGGCACUUCCUCAAAGACAACAGCACCUUUCACGUGGAGCGAUGCAUGAGUGUGAUGCAGUCGGGGACACAGAUGGUGAAGCUGAAGGCGGGAUCCAAAGGGUUGGUGAGACUCUUCUACCUGGAUGAGCAUCGCUCCUGCAUUCGCUGGAAGCCCUCACGCAAGAGUGAGAAGGCGAAGAUCACCAUUGAUUCGCUGUACAAAGUGACAGAGGGCGGCCAAUCAGACAUCUUCCACCGGCAUGCAGACGGCAGCUUUGACCCGGCCUGCUGUUUCACCAUUUACCAUGGAAACCACAUGGAGUCCCUCGACCUGGUGACAACAAAUGCUGAAGAAGCCAGAACCUGGAUCACUGGCCUGCGCUAUCUGAUGGCCGGGAUCAGUGAUGAGGACUCGCUGGCCAAACGGCAGCGAACACACGACCAGUGGCUGAAGCAGACAUUUGAGGAGGCUGACAAGAAUGGAGACGGUCUCCUGAACAUUGAAGAGAUCUACCAACUUCUCCACAAACUGAAUGUCAACCUGCCGCGCAGGAAGGUCAAGCAGAUGUUUCAGGAGGCAGAUACAGACGACCAGCAGGGCACGCUGACAUAUGAGGAGUUCUCCGUCUUCUACAGGAUGAUGUCGAUGAGACGAGACCUGUUCCUGUUGAUGAUGGCGUACAGCGACAGGAAGGACCAUCUCACAGCCGAGGAGCUGGCCAACUUGCUGCGCAACGAGCAGAAGAUGACCAAUGCAACUCCAGAAUAUGUCGCAGAAAUCAUCGACAAGUUUGAGAUGUCUGAUGAAUAUAAACAGAGAGGCGUCAUGGGGAUAGAAGGUUUUACAAGUUUCAUGCGCAGUCCAACAUGUGACAUCUUCAACCCCCUGCACCAUGAGGUGAAUCAGGAUAUGGAUCAGCCUCUGUCUAACUACUUCAUCGCCUCCUCUCACAACACGUACCUGACGGGAGACCAGCUCCUCUCCCACUCGAAGACUGACAUGUACGCCUGGGUGCUGCAGUCUGGCUGCCGCUGUGUCGAAGUGGACUGCUGGGACGGUCCUGAAGGGGAGCCGAUGGUCCAACACGGCUACACUCUGACCUCCAAGAUACCUUUCAAGUUUGUCAUCGAGACCAUCAAUAAAUAUGCCUUCAUAAAUAACCAGUACCCAGUAAUCCUGUCCAUAGAGAACCACUGCAGCAUCCAACAGCAGAAGAAGAUUGCUCAGUACCUGAGAGAAAUCUUCGGAGACAAACUGAAUGUGGGAGACGUACUGAGCAGAGAAUCCAAAACCUUACCCAGUCCUCACAGCCUGCAGGGCAAGAUUCUCAUCAAAGGGAAGCGUCUGCCUGCAUAUCUUUCUGCGGAUGCCGAGGAGGGAGAGGUGUCUGAUGAUGACAGCGCCGAUGAAAUUGAGGACGACUUCAAGAUGAAGAGCAGUAAUGGCAACGGUAAUCCCCAGGUGGAGUCUCACAUCAGGAAGAAACUGGACUCACUGUUAAAGGAGUCUCGGAUCGGAGAUAAGGAAGACACGGACAGUUUCAGCAUCCGAGCGCUUCUCCGAGCUACGCACCAGGGCCUUCAGAAGAACCUGCGACAGAGCUCAAAAGGAGUUUUGAAGAAAUCCCAGAGCAGAUCCUUCAUCACAACACUCAAACAGAAGAGGCACUCCAAAUCCAGGCUGACAUGUCAAAGCGGAGAGAAGGAGGAGGACGGUCAGGAGCGGUCCGGGAGGGAGGCUGGAGGACAGUUCAACAGGGGUGGCAGGAAGAGGAAGACGAUGAAGCUGAGUCGAGAUCUUUCAAAUCUGGUGGUGUUCACCAACUCUGUCGCCUCACAGGAGUGUCUGAAUGAAGGUACUCCAGGUGAUGUUUUGUCAUUCAGCGAGACCAGAGCACAAUCCCUGGUCAAUCACAAAGCAGAACAGUUCCUCGCUUUUAACCAGAGGCAACUGUCACGGAUUUAUCCCUCAGCCUACCGCAUCGAUUCGUCCAAUUUCAACCCCCAGUUCUACUGGAAUGUGGGCUGUCAGCUGGUUGCUCUGAAUUACCAGACAGAGGGCAGGAUGAUGCAGCUCAACAGAUCCAAGUUCAUGGUGAAUGGAGGUAUUGGCUACGUCCUCAAGCCCCCUCCCAUGUGUAAAGGCUCAUUCAACCCAUUCUGUGAUGACCCGCUUCCAGCUUACCCCAAGAAGCAACUCAUUCUCAAGAUCAUUAGUGGACAGCAGCUGCCCAAACCACCAGACUCCAUGUUGGGGGACCGAGGAGAGAUUAUUGAUCCAUUUGUUGAAGUGGAGAUCAUCGGCCUGCCAGUUGAUUGCUGCAAAGAACAGACAAGAGUUGUGGAUGACAACGGUUUUAAUCCGGUAUGGGAGGAGACUCUGUCAUUCACACUUCACAUGGCUGAAGUAGCGCUGGUGCGUUUCCUUGUCUGGGACCACGACCCCAUUGGAAGGGACUUCAUUGGUCAACGGACAGUUGCCUUCAGCAGCUUAAUGCCUGGUUACAGACAUGUUUACUUGGAGGGACUGACUGAGGCUUCCAUCUUUGUGCAUGUGUCAGUGCAUGAUGUCUAUGGGAAGAGUAAUCAGCUGCGAGGUAUCCGGGGUUUCUUUAACCGUUCUUCUAAGACCUCUGUGGAUGCAAACUCUGAUGGCAUGCGGAAGCGCUCCAUAAGUGAUCACCUCCUGCGGCGUACAGCCAGUGCCCCAGCAAAAGGACGCAAGAAGACCAAGAUGGCACUUUCAGAGUCAGUGGCUUCGAUAUCAGACCAAAAGAAUGGCACAGGUGCAGAAGAAUUAGGAGAGGGCAUGUCGGGAAAGGAGGAAGGGGUGGAAAAGCGUCCACAGACCAGAGCCCUCCUCACCCACAGACCUAUCUCCAUGCCCUUAGACAGGCUUCUUCAAGGGCAGCUAUCUCUCUGCUCCCCAGACAAGGAGCAGCAGGGUAUGGGUGCAGACACUGUCAUCGGAGGUUUUCCCUUCAACCGGCCAAGGUCUUCCUCUUUGGACCCUUUCAUCGAAUCAUCUGUCUUUCUUGACCCAAGCAUGUCUUCCCCUUCAAAGACAUACACCAACAGAAAUAAAGAAUUUGACCCAUCAGAGGAGACUUCAUAUCUGGUUAUUGGUGGAGGAGAAGUGAAAAGGGAAGAGGAUUAUGCCAAUUACCAAUCGAAAGACAAUGGAGUCCAGAAAUACAUGAUCAUCUCCACAGAAACAGAGAAAAACUGUUUCAUAUCACCUUCCACCAACAGCCACUUGCGAUCAGAUAAACCAGAAACAUCAUCAAGCAGCACAACAUUCACAGUUGCACCCUCAGUCUCCUCCUCCUCCUCCUCUGCCCUAUCCUCAGUAGCCCCGUUGUCCCCGGUCUGUUUUAAUUGUGAUCUGAGGAGUCCCAGCUCUUUGCAUGAGAGCACUAUCUCAAGGCUCAUUGAUGAAGUGUCCUUAGGCAAUGAGCAAGACACAGGUGGCUCUAUAUCUGCUCUGAUUGGUGAGUUUGAAAGCACUGUUGACCAAAAUGAACUCACAACUUCAACUCAUGUUCCUUUACCUUUGCCAGAUGAUUUAAAAUCUCCUCUGAAGACCAACACUACAUCUCCAACAAAGAAACAAUUAAUAAGUCCCCGGAAAGUGGCUAAAAAAAUGAAUCAUGCAACUUGUGAGACCAAUUCACCCCACAAGAUUUCUCUGGCAGAGGCACCUGCAUCAACCCUGUUUUCCAGCCCAGAAACAUCUGAGAUUGAGGAGGUGUACACCAUACUGGAUGAAGAGGUGCUUUUGCCAGUAUCAGUCUACAACCUGAGGAAACAGAUAGUCCAUGUUCAGGCAGACACUGUAGAUAACACACCCUCAAGCAGCUUGGGGUCCUCUCCAGCAAAGGUGAUUAAGGGUUCAGGGAAAGGACACAAUGUCAAUGUGGGCUGGGAUGAUAUCCACAGGAGGAGGGACCAAUGUGAAGAAAUUGAGGAAAGUAUUUAUGAGGAGGUUUAUGAUCUCCCAGCACCAAAAACAGAAAUGAAGCAAGACAAUUCUAAAAGGUACACAAACUCUUCUGGUAACCAGUUUAAUUAUCGCCCAGCUGGAAAUUAUUUUAAUGAAGUGGAGAUAAAUGUUGAUGAAGAUCCAUUGGAUAAGAUGCUGACCUCACCAAGACAUGGCAGCCAAUGGGAGGGGCGUAUAAGUCCAACAAAACACCAUGCUAUUUACCAAAAUCAUGAGUCCACUCCUAACUACUCCCAACAACAACAACAUUCAUUAUACCAUGAUCCUAAAAAACAAUACCCAUUGCAAGUAUCUAGUGCAUCAUUCUCACCAUGUCCCUCCCCAAUGCAUCAACCAUCCUAUCAGCAGUCCAAUAACGCCCAACAACAGAGCAACUCCCAUCCUUCUCCCUUCCACAAACAUGUCCACUCAAGACCCUCAAAACCUAGUUCCCUGCAUAAGAACAGCUACCCUGUUCCUCAUAGCAAUUCCGAGGUGGGCAACAACAGCAGAGACUUCAACAGUUCUUACAGACAACACAAUUGCUAUAGUAGCAGCCAAAUCCUAAGCAAGUCGUUUCAAGACAGGCUUGGGUAUAAACAGAUGGAGAGGGAGCCAGAAAAAAGGUGCUUCCACAAUGGUUUGUCCUCUUCUGACAGCCCCCCUGUCCAACCUGCUGUAAAUAUCUGUAUGGACAGAGGCCUAUACUCCCCUUCUACAGACAGUGAAGCAGUGUACAGUUUACCAGACUAUGAUUGCUUUACUCCCCCGUCAGAGCCUUCAGCUCCUCAAAACACACAACCGCACUGCCAAAGUCCAACCGGAUCAUACACCCCAAAGCAGUCAUGGAAUCAAAAUACUUCCUUGACCAAUAGUAGGCACCAGACACAGCUUGAAUCCAGAGUUUCCCUGAUUUCUAAUUUAGGCCCAUUGUCAACAAAACCCAAGUCUAGCACCAUAGAGUCAACAGGCCCCAGUCCAUGUAAGUCCAAGUCCCUGGGAGACCUGACUUCUGAAGACAUAUCAUGCAACUUCCAGGGCAAAUACCACAUUAUUAGUCGCAGUUUCAUAACUCCCCAAAUGAGGAAGCAAAAACGGUUUGGCACCAUGGGGGAAGUACAUUUCCAGUCCCAGUCUUGUGAUCCCCUCACAGAACAGCUACGUAAACUGGUCAGUCUGGAGGGGGAUGAUAGUGACAGAGAAAGACCUCAGACACCUCAACUGUGCCUGGGCACUAAACUUACAUCGUCACAGCCUCAGGCAACAAUUACAGCUCCAGUCUUACCCAGAAAUGUAGAUGAUUCCCCUCCACUCCUUACCCGCCGCCUCUCCUCUCGGAGCCAAAGCAGAGUGCGUCACAUCAACAGCCGUGCCCGUGAAAGACAGCAAGAGGCUCUAAAGCCUCGGGCAGGUGCCUUGAUCAAUAGCACCACCAGCAUGGGUGGGGUGGUAUUGAGGAACAAACCAGCCUCACAGAAUCCACCAGUUAACAGACACUCUACUGGUUCUUACAUAGCAGGCUACCUUGGUCAGCUGGAGGACAGGGGACUUCCUGAAGGGGCUUGUACAUCAUUACAUUAUGGAAAAGGGGAUCACUAUGGAGAUCGCUACUAUACUGAUGACUCUCUUCCAGCUGCUGACUCCAACAGAUCUGCGUCGGAGCCUGAAGUCUACUUUCUGCUCAGACUCUAGCUAUGUCCACAACCUAUUAUAAUAUAAAUGAACAAGCAGGCAAUCCUGCUGAUGUUCCUAAACACCAAAAGCAAGAUCAGAAAAGAAACACUUCUCAUAUUCACAGACCAUUAGGUCUCCAUAAUAUUUGGCUUUUAAUAGAGAAGGACAUAGUCCGCAAAAUGUUGGUGAAUCUUCAAACUAAUUCCAUGGUUGAAUCUGACAGCAUGAAUUUCUUGUAUGAAAUGUUCACUAUUCAAUAGUGAAUGGUCUUUUUAGUCUGGAAAUGUAUUGUCUAUAUUCUGCUAAAUGUGUAAAUGUACCUUGGAACGUUGAUUCCCUCCUACUGGCUUCAUAGACUGAUUGUACAGAUUCUUGUUAUCUUUGUCCGAUUGAUGUCUUGUCCAAACUGCAAACAUUGACUAUGAAGCAAAUAUGAAUAAUUGGGCUUUAAGCAAAGAGGGAAUGUUUUUCUUUGUAGCAUUUGAAUGUGCAGUGUAACGAAACAGCCACUUCUAACAGAUUUGAUUAAUCAAAUGAAAGUCUUCCUGCUCUUUUCAGUGUUAAUUCUUUUAUUUGUGUAACAUGUACAUAUAUUUGUCUCUCUUCUUGAUCUGAGAUUGGCUCUUAGUUGAGAACCAGUUCCAACUGUACAUAAAUGUUUGUGCAUGUUACCUGUGAACAUGUCAGGCAUGACUAUGCACCAAUUUUUACAAUGGAUGUUGCAUUGCCCAAAAACAUUUGCACAGAACAAAUAGUUGCAUUGGAUACAACGGGGGAGAAAUAAUUGUUUGUAUUGAGUGCAUUACAAUACACAAACUUCCAUGCUAGGACAAGUUACUCAAUAUGAUCUGUAGACUAAACAUUAUUGCAAAUUUUAAAGAUUUUUAGUUUAAUGGUUUUUAUUUUUAUAAUUGCUUUGAUACAGACAGCAAAAAUAAUCCAAAAUGUCUUGUUGGUCAUGGUUAUUUUAUUUUGUAUAACUUAAUAGAAUAAAAGGUAAACUUUGACAACUAUAGAGGGUGAAGCUAAGGAAGGCAGGGUGGCAAAGCACCUUUUUUUUCUUCAGUGUUCCUUUUUUAAAUGUAUUGUUGUCUAUGACUGUGAGCAUUUUCCUACCAAUGCAAUAAAAAAAUUUAAAAUUUGAUUUAAACAAAA